AUGUCUGCAACGAAGUACUUAGCUAGAGUCUCUCAAGUUCGUCAGGAAGAACCGUUAGCUGAAAACAAGUCAUCUCUUCAUGCUAUUUCGUCUAAUGUAAUGGACUCUGAUUUAUCCUUAUUAGCACGAAGGGAACCUCUGCCUUCAGCAGUUUCUAUCUACAAUCAAGAUCCUGUACUGUCUGCCACCCUUGCUCGUGUUUCUGCUGCUUUUGUUACACAGGUAUCUCACACGAUGCAAAUACCCUUCUCUUAUGCGGAGGAUAUUAUUGGUUUAGAAGGAGCUAAUAUAAGCCUACAUCCGCGGACGAAGCGGAGCUAUCAGUUCAUCAGCAAUCACAAGGAACCAGCUUCGGUUUCUGGGGGAUAUGCUAGAGGCGACACUGGCUAUGUACCUGCUGUAUAUCCUCCUCAGCUGAGCAACCGUCAAGAGCCGCUCUCGAGUUCCUACACUGGCACAGAGACGGUGCAGUACAGACCAACAUCAUACUCUCAGCUGCCUGGGCAAACUUAUGAAACGGAGUAUAGGCCAGCUUCCGAUGUUAAUGGCUACAGCAGUUACAUUUUGUGA